AUGCUUAAGGAAGAUUAUGGUUACCCAGAUACUCUUGACUUUAGUGACAGAUAUAAAGAAGCUAUUAGAAAGUUCAAGGAAGGAAAUACUGACCCGAACCUAUUUAGCUUUAUGGUUCAGCAUAAAAUCGGAUAUAAUCUCAAACCUGGAAAAUACAAGCUCGCAAAGGGAUAUGAUUUAAUAGCAUAUCAUCCAAAUGACAUGGAUGAAUUUACUCCGAGAUAUUUGAUGUCAGAGCUAAAUGAUAAUUCAACUCUCUUCAUGAAACGCGUAAAAAAUAGAGACGGAACGAAAGAAGAAAGGUUUAUGAGUCCGGAUGACUUAGAUAGGGAACUUGUUAAAAACGGUCUCGGAAUAUAUGAAAUGCCAGCAGAUGAGGUACAAGAAACUCAACAGGAAGAAGUUCAGAUACAACCAGACAUGGAAGAAAUAGUUCAGCAACAACAGCUAGAAGAGCCUGAAGGA